AUGGAACCGCCUGCACCAAACGAUGACGAAACUCUCCCUGAUGCUCCUGCAGAGGCAAAUGGAGUCAAAUUGGAGGACAUGUUCGAUGAUGACGAGGACGAGGAGUUCCCUGCAUCGAGCGCGCGGGAUGUCAAGAUGGAGAGUUCUCCAGCGCCUGCACCGGAACCUGUACCAGCUCCAGUCCAAUCUGGUGUGGAUUCGGAUGUCAUGCUCGCCUUUUACCAGCGCCUCUUCCCAUUCCGCUAUCUUUUCCAAUGGCUGAACCACGGAAUUGUGCCUACACGAGAAUUUGGCAAUCGCGAAUUCGCCCUGACACUCCAAAAUGACGCUUACCUUCGUUACCAAUCUUACCCCACUGCAGACUUGUGA